AUGUCAGAAAGAGGGCGAGGGGGACGAGGCGGUGCGCCUUCACAACGCGGUGGACCGCGCGGCGGCGGCGGUCGCGGCGGCAACUCGGGCGGCCGGGGCGGCGGACGUGGCGGCCACAACUCGUCGGAGCGCCCGGCAUCGGAACGUCCCAAGAAGGAAGCGAUCCUCGACCUGACCAAGUACAUCGACACCAAGAUCCGCGUCAAGUUCGCCGGCGGCCGCGAGGUGUUUGGCGUGCUCAAGGGGUUCGACCAGCUCAUGAACCUCGUCAUGGACGACGUGCACGAGGCGCUCCGCGAUGCCGACGGCAACGUGGGCGAAAAGACGCGCAACCUGGGUCUGGUCGUAUUGAGGGGUACCGCACUCACCGUCAUCAAUCCAGCAGACGGAUUUGAGUCGAUCGAAAACCCGUUCGCACAAGCCGAGUAG